AUGGCCAAGACGCUUAAAAACCUCAGCUGGGGAAGAGAAGGACGGCACAAGAGCAGUGGGGAGGGCCGGGGGGGACACACCAGCCUGCCCUUGGAUGGGAUUUUCCAUCCUGGGGGAGCACGGCGUCUGGCUGCUGGGAAAUCCAGGGCUCAGGACAGGAAGGAGAAGGUGGUCAACAUGAAACCCAAGCACCCCGACGAGCAGGAGAUCCCGUUCCGCCUGCGAGAGCUGAUCAAGAGCCGCGAGGCCAUGAAGCGCCCCGGCCCCGGGAAGCGGCGGGCGGCAGAGAAGAAGCAGCAGCCCAAGUCCAAGGGCCCCAAGGCACAGGGAGACAUCCCAGUGCCCAAGUUCAGGAGGGGGAAGGGGGAGUCAGAGCGCUCCUACAUCCACCGCAUGGAGCAGGAGGUGCAGCGUGUGCUGUUCCUCUCCAAGAACCAGCACCAGCGGGAGCCUGAGAAGCAGGGGAUGGCGCCGGAGAAGUCCAAGAGGAAAAAAGAGUUUCAGAAUAAGAAGCUGGAAAAAGCUCGGAAGAAGAAGGAGGAGAAGAAAGAGGCCAUGCUGGAGAAGAGCCUGCUCCAAGACACGGUGGCGUUUGGGGAGGUGGUCACACAGCCACCCACCAUCACCUCACGGCCACGGGGCCGGGGUCCUGCCGAGCAGGCUGGACGGAAGCAGCUCCUCCUGUCAUCCUGCCUGGGCCAGACCCAGGUGUCCCCAGCAGCACCCAUGUCCAUGGCUCGCCGGCGCAUCGUGGAGGAGGAGAGAGCCCGUGUCAUCCAGGCCUACAGGGACAUCCAGAGCCGCAAGCGGCAGCAGCGGGAGCUGGCACAGCAAGGGCUGCAGGCAGUGUGGAACCCCAGGACUUGA